AUGUUGUACGUUUCCGAGGUCGUGCCGUCAACACUUUCAUCUGACGAGAGGCAACUCAACAUGGCUAGCACGCAGCCCAACGACGAAACUGCCGGUGUCGCCAACAGGACCGGCGAGUUCGAUACCAACGUUAUCGCGCCUGCUGAAGCUCCCAAGAGGUCGCCAUGGAAGGCUUGGAUGUACCUCUGGGAAUGGUAUCCUAAGCACUACCCUGAGGAGGAGAGGAAGUUGCUGAGGAAGAUGGACGCUUGUCUGCUGACAUUCUGUUCCUUCAUGUUUUUCCUCAAGUGGCUAGACUCUUCGAACAUCAAGAACGCCUAUGUGUCAGGCAUGAAGGAAGAGCUUAGUCUCUACGGCAAUGAGUACUCGUUAUUCGACACCUUCUACAACGUCGGGUAUCUCGUAUUCCAGGUCCCAUCUUUACUCCUUUUAUCCCGACCGCAGAUUGCCAAGUACUAUCUGCCGACCAUGGAAGUGCUGUGGUCCAUCGUGACUUUCUGCCAGAGUCAAAUGCGCAGCCGAAACGACAUCUACGGUACUCGAUUUCUGCUCGGUCUGCUUGAGACGCCUGUAGCAUCUGGUACCACAUAUGUACUUGGCUCUUGGUACAGGCCUGAGGAGGUCUUCAAAAGGACGGGAGUGUGGUAUGUCUCCAACAACAUUGCUGUGAUGUUUGGUGGAUAUCUACAAGCUGCGGCCUACAACAACCUCAACGGUGUCGGUGGCAUGUCGGGUUGGAGAUGGCUGUUUAUUAUAGACGGAGUAAUCUCUCUCCCUAUUGCUCUUGCGGGCUUCCUCAUCUUCCCGGGUCUACCAAGUAGCGCUAAGCCGUGGUGGCUUACACCAAAAGAGCAUGCGCUGGCUCGCUCACGCAUGGUUAACGCCGGUGUCGCACCAAGCAAAGAGCUUAGUUGGACGGUCGCAAAGCGCACAUUCAUGCGCUGGGAGUUCUACAUGGGCAUGGCAAUCUGGCUUAAAGACCUUGCUGCCAAAUACCCCGGCGCCUACACCAUUCCUCAAAUCAACACUAUCCCAACUGGUGCCCAAGGUGUCUCCGUCUUCGCCGCGCUCCUCGCCACCUCCCUCUGUAUGGUCUACCCGCUCUGGUCCAUCUUCUCGAUCGUCCAGACUAUCUACAUCGUCGCCAACAUCUCUCUUCUGGUCUGGAACAUCCCUAAGGGCUACCACUUCGCCUGCUACUACCUGCUCGGUGUAUCAGCUGCUGUGACGCCCAUUCUCAUGCCAUUCAUCAACAUGGCUCUACGUGACGACGCAGAAGCACGCGCUGUCACUGUUGGUGCUAUGUUGACAGCUGGUUGGGCUGUUUUCUCCUUCUACCCCAUCACAGUAUUCCCUAUCGUCGAGGGUCCGAAAUGGACCAAGGGCUAUGCAGUGAAUAUCUGCUUCAUCGUAGGAUGCUGGAGUUCAUUCUUGGUCAUGCAGUAUCUCUACAAGAAGAGCGAGAAUAAGAAGCAGAACAUGAUGAUUAGGGACGUGGCUAAGGAUCAGGAAGACAUGGCUGGGCUAGACAUCAAGGACGCAGCGGAGGUCGAACACGCAGAGGUCAGAAAGUGA